AUGGGUUGCUUCGGUUUCGGGUCAUCCAAGAAGAAAAAGGCUGCUGCGAAAGCAGAAGCGGACCGACAAAAAUGCGAAGAAGAGGAAAAUCGCUCGCGUGAAUGCGCUCAACAGUACAACGUCUUAAACCCUCAAGUCAACACCGCGCCCCGUAGCGAAGUGCCCCCCUAUAAAGCCAUCACACCGCCCCGUACGACUACCUCAUCAUACCAGCGACCGCACCGCUCUCGAUAUAGCAGUGGAGGUAACGGCGGCGGUGGCUUUUAUGGCGGCGACUAUGGGUCUGGUCAUGGUGGAGGUGAUUCGGGCGGCGGCGGCUGUAGUAGUGGUGGUGGUGGUGGAGGAGAUGGAGGCGGGGGUGGUGGUGGAGAUGGAGGAGGGGGCGGUGGUGGAGGAGGUGGCGGCGAUUGA